CAGGAAGGAGCUCCCACUCCUGUCAAGUAAUUUAUCUGCUGGAGCAAGGAUGAGGAUUUGUUCUCUCGUCGUCCCAGCUGGUUUCAGUAUUUUCUUUCUUCUUUUUCCGAUAGCCAGAGCCGAAACACCUCUCGCACCGGCGUUGUACGUGUUUGGAGACUCUCUGGUGGACAGUGGCAAUAACAAUCUACUACCCACGAUAGCCAAAGCGGAUUUCCUGCCGUAUGGGAAAGACUUCCCCGGCGGUGUCACGGGGAGAUUCACCGAUGGCAAAACAGUUGCAGAUUUCGUAGCUGAACUACUUGGGCUACCAUAUGCUCCUCCAUACUUAUCCUUGUUGAAACAUAAUAUAUUAACCGGCUGGAAUUACGCAUCUGGAUCAUGCGGCAUUCUCCCAGAGACUGGAGCCCAAUUUGGCAAAUGCCUGAAUUUGGAUAACCAGAUCGAUUUGUUUCAAAAGACUAUCAGGAGAGAUAUGAAGAGACAAUUCAACAGUUUAAAUGAACUUUCAGACUACCUGGCCAAGUCCAUAUUUCUGGUCUCCAUUGGAAGCAAUGACUACAUCAUCAACUACCUUGAGCAUGAUCUUUGUAAUAUUAGUAGAAUCUACUCCCCUCAGGCAUUUGCUCAGCACCUCACCGACAGACUUUCUGGGUGUUUUAAGAGGCUAUACGAAUCGGGGGCCAGAAGGAUUGUGAUGUUCGAAAUUGGGCCGAUCGGGUGCAUGCCAAUAUUUACAAGAAAACUAAAGCCCAGGGGACCCUGCGUUGAAGAAUUCAACCAGUUGGUAUCAUACUUCAAUAGCGAGCUUUCUGAAAUGCUAAAGGGAUUGACAACUUCUCUCCAAGGCGCCACCUUUGUAUUGGCACAAAUCAACAAGCUUGCAUACGAUGCAAUCACAAAUCCUUCGAAAUAUGGGCUAACAGAUGGAACGAACCCAUGUUGCAUUGCGGGGAUUGAUGGAACUUGGCCAUGCAUACCGAGCUUAUCGUCGUGUCCUAAUCCAGACCAGCACUUCUUCUGGGAUGCUUUUCACCCCACUCAAGCUGCAUAUUCACUCAUCUCCACCCGUUGCUUUGAACAUCCUUCCCCCUGCUUUCCAACCAAUAUUCAACAGCUUGUGCAAGUUUAAGAAACACAAAGUAAUGGAUUAAUCUUCUUAGCAAAA